UUCUUCCUUGAUGGAGCUGUGCCUUAAAGUGUGAAUCACCUAUUUAUUAUACUCCCCCAUUUCCCACGCCAAUACCUCAAACACGUCACAUAUCCAUCAUUUUUCCAACUCCUCCAACCAUAAAUAUCCAAUAUUCCAACAUCACUCUCUCGUUUACCAACACAUUCACAUAACCAUAUCGCCGCCAUCUCCGCAGCCACCAUUACCACCACCCCACGACCACCAUAUGUCUUCCACCAAGAGAAUUUUCAUACCUAAUGGAGGCUGCGGGUGUGGGCCAAAGGCAAUUGAUGUUAUUAUUGAACCAAAACCCAACUCCAAAACCACCUCCUCCGAUCAGAAACCCGGCCUUCGCUCCUCUUCCUCCGCCAGCUCCUCCGAUAAGAUUAGCCGCCGGAAGCCCACCAUCGAAGAUGAUGGCUACACCUCCACCUCAUUCUCUUUCAACAUCGACGACUCUUCCUCGCAAUUCUGCCCAAAAAAUCAUGAUUACGACAAAUGCUCCGAAAGGGUCAGCUCCGGCCGGAAAAUCCACGGCACCUUCGCCGUCGUGAAAGACACCGACGACCCUUAUCGUGAUUUUCGCCACUCCAUGCUUCAAGUGAUAUUUGAGAACGAAAUCUGUUCGAGAAAUGACCUUCAGCAGCUCCUCCACUGCUUUUUGGAGCUCAAUUCGCCUCACCACCACGAAGUCAUUGUUAAGGCGUUCGUGGAGAUAUGGAAUGGUGGUGCAGCCGCCGCCGCCGGCGACGAUGAAAAUGCCGCCGUGUUCCUCCGCUAAAGCCACGUGAAGACGCCUGGAUCGAUCAUAAGGUGUGUGUGGGCACGUGUGGCGCGGUGGCCAUCAUGUGAAGACAAUAGACUUCGAUUUUCUAUUCCAAAUUUAUAUUAUUUAUUUGUAUAAGACAAAUUCAAUAAAAUGAUGAUAAUACAUUGCCC